AUGGACCAGCCUACAGUUCCAUCUGAUGAUGCAGCGAAUGUUUCACAAGAUAAUCGAUCAGCCAGUGCAAAAGCGAACGAUGGGUCAAUAACAUCAGCAGUCAAUGACUCAUAUUUUCCAACUUCCAAGUCCUCUACGCUCGAUCCUGUACCAAUAACGUAUAGCAAUAUUGCUCAGUUGGAAAAAUCCGACUAUUCGUUGAAUCCUGAGGGAGAUUUUAAUAACGAAAUUCAACAAAAUAUGCGAACUGUUAUAGAAGUGUCGAAACAUCCAGCGAUACCAGGCCAUCCUACGACACCUGUAACAGCAUACACUACUGAUACACUACCAUCCAGUCGUAAAACAUCUGUCCAUUUCAUAAAUGAUGAGGCCCCACUAGCUAAUGGAGAAGAUCAACAUUCUUCGUCACCGCCAUCGACUACACUCGAUCAAACACGUCGAAGGUUAUCUGAGGUUCGAGCAUCAAGUGAACCGGUAAUAGCAUCCGAUGAAAAACGAUUCAUUCUGCCAUUAAAGUCAACCACCAUUCAAGGUAAUGAAAGUUCAUCAUCUGACGAUUAUUUUGGUAUGCAACCAACAUCACCACGUAAGGACAAUUUACAGAAGACUGAGAAAUCAUUAGAAGAUGGUAAACAACAAUCAUCAACUGGAUCAGGUCUAAAUGAAUCAACACAUUUUGAAACAACAACGAAACAAAGAACAUUAUCAGCAGCAAGCAAAAAAUCUUUGCAAAUUGAUGCCGAGAGCACUCAACUAAUCGAAAAUCGAAGUAUUAGUCCAAAAUCUACGAAUGAUGUACAAAGCAGAGGCGUAUUUGAGAUCAGUACAAAUGCUUCUCCAAUUAAUGUUGAAGAUCGCACCAGUCCCCAACUAUCGUCUACUCAACAUCCGAUAUCGCCCGCAUCCGAUGAUCAGACAAUAUAUGCGCAACAAAAUAACGCGUCUUCUGGUGGCUCCACUCCACAACUCAAAGAGGAACCAAUAACAACAAACCUCUCGCAUCCUAAGAGCGCAACCGAACAACGAAAUAAAGUUCCAUCACGCGCCACGAGUCCACAACAAACCAAUGACGAAUCUACUAUUCGAUCUGAUCCUCAAAGCGUCGCUGACGAAGAUCCGCACAAAACUCGACCUCCCACAGUUAGUCCGCAACAAGCUAGUGAUGAAGUCCUCGCUACUUCUAAUCGUUCUCGACCUGAGAGUGGCGUAGAUAAUGAAACUCUUAAAACACCAUCACAUGUAACAAAUCCACAACAACAAGAACCAGACCGCAUCUCAUAUGCUAGUCAACGUACAGAAUUUGUCUUGGAUUCAGAUACGAGAGAUUUCAUUAAGAUUGGUGAACAAUUACAAGUUCCCGAUAUUGAAUCACUAAAUACCGAUUCAGGUACUAAUAGACUGGUGGAUCCACUCCGCGGCACUACUCCUGUAGAGAAAGAUGAACAGCCAGUUGACAGCGUUAAACAGCAUACACGAACAUCAAGUCAGGCAAAUACACAACAAAAACAAUCUGAUAAUGAUCAAAGUACUCCUGCUGUUAGGCAGACAAGUCCUGGUGAUGUUAGUAAUCCACAACAAACAAAAACAUUCGUAAGCUCAGAAAGUACGAGCAAGCACAGCAUCGAAGAUCGUCAAUCUCCAACACCAGGUACUUCAACGCCUAUUAAUGAUAAAAACAUGCCAACAAACGGGACAAUAACUCCUCGAAACGAUAAAAAUGAGAAUGUGAGUAGAACAUUGACCACCACUCAAAAACUGUUACUGUUGAAUCCUGCCGAUGAUAGUAGUCGAUUAUCAGAAAGAGAGAAGCAUCCAAAUGGCGAAGAUAGCUUAGCACAAGAACAAACUGUUAGCCAACAUAGUCGAACUCCAAGUAAUGCAAGCACACAUCGACAACAGCUGCUGGAUAAUGCAUCAGGCAGUCGCAGGGGAAGUAAUCAAGACAAAAAAACUCAUAGUAGAACACCGAGCAACCUUAGCAGUCGUGAUGAACAGAUAAAAACUCCAACCACACUCACAAGUCCAAAAAAAGAAACUCCUCAUAGCCGAACUCUAAGUUCGAUGAGUAAUGAAAAAGUAAUCGAUGGUGAUAUUGUUCAAAGUUCAGAAAGAAAACAAUCAUUUCCUCAUACCCAAAAACUUGCACCAUCUGGUAGUCGGCGAACGAGCGAAAUAAAAAUGAAAUCGAAACAAGAGGAACGCCUAUCACAAUCAAGUAGUCGUAAAACAAGUGUCGUUGAAACUCCAACAAGUCGGAAAACCAGUGUUGUUCAGCAACAGGAUAUAAGAUCUCGUCCAACAAUUAAUCGCGACGCGACCAAAUCUGACCGUACCAAUCAUCAUACACCAUCAGUCAGUUCAAGGAAAGAGCUUCCUCCUUCCGAUGCAAAUAACCACUCGGUUGAUCAACACCAAGCAAGUCAAGCAUCGUCGUCGAUGGGUCAUUCGCGAAAAGAACCAUUAAUCAAACGACAUGAAAGAAAAUCAACAACGAAUGGUGAAGGUGGAAAAGCUUAUGAUGAAACUUCGGUUCAACCUUUUAGUGAGUCAAGACAGCAAAAAUCAUCAGUAAUGACUGUCAAACAGCGUCCGUCCAUUACCACCGAUUCUGAUUAUGAUGCCCGAAAAUUACCACAAGCACAUCAACAACAAAACCAAGAAAAAAGAAGUUCUACUACGCGUAACAACCCAACGUUAGACCAAAAGCGCUUAAACAAUACCCGUCAAAAGCCUAUAUCAUCCGUUGCUCAAAAAGAAAAUAUUCGACAACGACCCAAUCGCACACAAAAUUUGGAAACACCUACUAGUGAUGAUGAUCAACAUUUACCAGCACACAUCAGAGCAGUUAAAAUACCACAGUUAAACUUGGAUGAAAUCACCGAUAAUCGACCACAAUCACCAUCUACUCAACAAAUAGCUGAAAGAAAUCAAUUACAAGAACGGAAACAAACGAAGAAGAAAAGUGAACAUGUUCUUGGAGAUGCUCAAAAGAAAGUAGAUCAUAUUUUACAUCUGAAAAAAAGCCGUAGUUCAAGUGCUGAUAGUCAUAUACCAUUGGCUGAUGGUCAUUCUGUUGGGUCAACAUCUGGGAAUAAUUCUGGCUUUGAUAAUAAACGAAAAACACAUCCAAAAAAACAUGAUGUUGCAACUGGAAUCGAUCGAGAUUUUCAGAGAUAUCAACAGAAGCAAAGAAAUUUAUCUAGUAACCGAGAAUUACUUUCGACUGAAGCAGUAAGGACUAUUAAACCUCGAUCAGAGCGCCGUCGUACAGAGCAACUAGCAGCAUCAGGUGCUGAGUCGGAUACCACAGCUGUUAUUCACAAAACAAGUAAAAGCUAUGAAGAUAAUAAAACACCAGUUAAUAUUAAUGUGACCGUUGUUGUUAGAAAAGUUGAAGGUGAAGAAGACUCACCGACAGCUGAAGUUGUAGUUGAAAAAUCAUCCGCAAAAACAAAAUCUUCACGUGUAAAGAAAAUCGAACAAACUCUAGAUAACACCACACCCUUAAAACCGGCGUUCGAUCUGCAAGACAACAACAAGAAGAAAUCAGAAAAUGAGCAACACAAGAAGGAUGAAUUAUCACACCAACCACUAUUUGAUCAUGUGCAAAAACCAUCAAAGUCUCCUCGUGAAGAACAGCACAAGCCAUCUGUCGAUGAAGAAACUAAACGACCUCAAUCGAUACAACAAAAGCCCCAUGGUGCUCUCGAUUUGUACACUCAUCAACAUGAAGAUGAGCGACAUACACAAUCGGAUAGUGAACAAUUUAUCACAACGAAACAACAAAAACGCCGACGACCAAAACGCAUUUCGCGGACAACUCAAACAUACGAAAAAGUGUUUAAAGUCAUAAUGAAAGAAGAACAACAACACUUGCGAUAUACUAGCGAUACAGAAAAACAAAUACAAACACGAAAAAGUGAAUUGAGACCGCGGAAAACGUUGCCCAAAAAACACUUUCCAUUGUAUUUAUCAGCGGAUACGUUUAGAGUUGAAGAUUUGAUUCCUAGGCAAUUUCAUCAAUCUCGACGUAGUCUAUCUAAAUCUUCUACUCUCAUUCGUAGUUUCUCACCACAAAGUGGCAAACUGCUUAUUCUUCGUCCAACAUUACCGUUUCAUCAUUCGGAUGCUGUUAAUGUUCAUCGUGUAUGUCUACAAUAUGCGAUUGAUUUACAACCAGCUAAAAAUCAACUAAGUACAAUAUCGGACGGAAAUAAACGAAAUCAAAAUAUGAACAAUAACUCAUCCUUUCCAGUAUUCUCGACACAUACAAAAUCGGCAAUAAAACGUACAGACAACAGUAAGACUUCACUACCAGCCAUUGAAAAUGAUCAAAAUACAUCUCAUCGUCGAAAUGGUGGUGUUUAG